CGAGCAAGUAUUUAUUGCAUCACAAGGUAAAUAUCCAUGAAGUAGUAGAACCGAUUAUGAGGAAACUUAAAAUAUAAAGACAUGACAUUAAAAGAAGAACUUUUCGGCUAUGAUCCUCCUUUUGGCAGACAGGACACAUGAAGAAAUAAAAAAAAGAAAUAGAAAGUAGUUUAAAACCUUAAGUGUUUGCCAUUAAUCUUUGUGCCCGAAGUUUGGUCUUCCAAGACAAAGAUUACAGGAUGUAAAAUAAUGUAUGGACUCUUACUGUGAAAAACAAGAUAGAUUUUAAUGGAAAUAAUAUUUUUGAAUUAUGUAAAAUAUAAGAAAUUAGAAAAUAAAUACAGGGAAAAUAAGUGCAUGUAUUUCUGUCUAUUUCUUCGGACACCAUUUUUCUAAACAGUAUGUGAUGAAACGCUCAUGACAAAUCUUAAUUUACAAAACUCUACUCCUAAAUUUUCAAGAAUUUGCACAUGUAAAAAACACUCAUUUGGACAGAGCUUAGUUGUAAUUUGUAGAAAGCUGGAUGUCAACACACUCCUAUGAACACAUUUUGUAUGCAGACAACGAUUUUUGUAUUCUGACCUGCUAGUGUUGUGCAAAAAUAUGUUAGUCGUACCGUUUUAUUGAUCUCGUUUAAAAAUUUCGAAAUCUGGAGACUUUGUAGGAUUUUUUUCAGCACUUGAUAUUCUACUUUCAAAAUUUAUUUUGCAGUGCAAAGAUUUUUAACAUUUUAAAAUUGAAUAAACUUUGUUUUAACAUAAUUCGAGAAUUAGUUUUAAAAAUAGAAAACUUUUAAAAUUGCACUUUAAAAACACAUGCAUUUCAACAGUACGUUUAAAAUUUUAAGAGACAUAAUACUUGAUGAGAAUAAAAGUGUCAAUAUUAUACAAACUUUUCUUUCAUCGAUUAGGUCCUCCAACUGAGCUGGUCAAUGACUUUGUGCGCAUGCUGUGGGAACAAAGAGUAGAGAAAGUCGUGAUGUUAACAAAAUUAAUUGAAGACAGUAGGGUAAAUAAUAAACUUUUAACCAAGUAGUCUUAAAGACGCAUGUAUUCUCAAUGGUUGGUCCAGCAGUUAGCAGCCUAAAGCGCGUGUGUCAAAUCUGACACGCAGCUGUCUAAAGAGCGUGUGUCAACUAUGGCAUGCAGACCAAUGAGCAAUGGUACUCCAAUCACCAACAAAAUAAACAAUUUAACUUUUUUUUUUUUAAAUGUUUGGUAGACUUAUGAUCGGGUUAGAAUCCUACUUUGGCGCAAUAUCAUCAAAGUGUUGUCGUCUCCUUUUCAAGUUUAGGCUAAAUAAAAUAUGAAUAAGUCAAGUCCUACGCAUGUCAAUAUGCUUUAAAAUAAUUUACAUACUUCAUUAAGAUAAGACUUAAAAUUCUUAUAUUUCUCAUAGUCAGUAUCAGACUAAGCAUUUACUUUCUCUGAUUCUCGAACGAAUGCCCUAAUGCUUAGCAUCUAUAUUAUAUGUGUAUUAACAUUUUCACAAUGGCUAAUAGUUAGUUGUAAAUUGAAACGAAAUUUGGUUUUAUACUGUAAAUAAGAGGUAAACUCGAAAUAAGACUUCGUUACUAACUAGAAUCUGAUUUGUAUAUUUUGUUUUAAAAAUAUUGAUUGUUUAUCUUGAAUUUAUUUUUUUCUUAUUGAUACUUUGUCUUAGAUAAAAUGUGACUGCUACUGGCCAGAUGAGGGUGUGGAAGCGUUUGGUGAGAUCAUCAUGAGAUUAAGGGCCAUCCAAAUAUUCGCUGACUACACGAUACGCAACCUUGAACUCACUAAAGUAAGCUCCUUACACGGUAGUUAAUGUAUCUCCAUUUCAUAAAAUAGGAUUUUUUUUAAAUCCUCCAAUUCAUGAGUGUGUAAAAUGUGUUAAUAAAUGAAGGACUAGGUUAAAGCUGUUUAAAUGAAAUGGUAGAGCAAACUAUGUGGAAGCUUGAAUCAAAAGACAUGACAGUAAGAUGUGAACGUUUCGGCCAAAAGCCUUCUUUAGCGGACAGGACAAACAUAAAUAAAACAGUAAAAAAAGUUUCUUGUCUUAUUUUCAAUUGUCCUGUUUGCUGAAAAAAGACCCUUCGCCGAAACGUUCACAUCUUAUUGGUCUGUCUUUUGAUUCAAGCGUUCACAUACCUUGUUCUACUAUUUUAUUAAAAUUUGUGAAAGCAUUUUCCUAAUUUGUGUAACAGUGUUCGUUUCUAGAAAAAUAUACCCAAUUAUUUUCGAACCUUUAAGAUAUUAUUCACAACCUGCUACAUAACAACGGUAACUGUUAUUUUAUUUGAAGAAAAAUCAACCCAUCCAAUAUUUAAC